AUGGUGUUUGUCGAACACACACACACACGAACGAACGAACGAGCGAACGAACACGGGCACGAACACGGGCACGAACACGGGCACGAACACGGGCACGAACACGUGCACGAACACGUGCACGAACACGUGCACGAACACGUGCACGAACACGUGCACGAACACGGGCACGAACACGGGCACGAACACGGGCACGAACACGGGCACGAACACGGGCACGAACACGGGCACGAACACGGGCACAAACACGGGUACAAACGCGGGCACGAACGCGGGCACGAACGCGGGCACGAACGCGGGCACGAACACGGGCACGACACAGGGCACGAACACGGGCACGAACACGGGCACGAACACGGGCACGAACACGGCCUGCAAAUGAACGAUGGCACACGGCAGUGCAUAAUCGUAGCGUGCCAUCCAUUGUACUUUGUGCUGGCGUAG